GGGAAUGAGAGGGAGAAACGCAAUGAAAAGACGAGACGAGAGCAGAGGAGCGUCGGAGCCGAGGAACGCGCCGGAGGACACGACUGAGACGCAAAGUUAGCACGAUGGAGCUUCUCGUUCCGAUCGUCCAGCUGCUGACCGCCUUCAUCUUCCUCCACAGCCUCCCCGUGUGCGCUCACCUGAGAAUGAAAGCCCAUGCCGAGGAGAGGCUGCUCAAGAACCUGUUUGUGGCGUACAACAAGCUGUCCCGACCCGUGGCCAACAUCUCGGACGUGGUCCUGGUCCGCUUUGGAUUGUCCAUUGCUCAGCUCAUCGAUGUGGAUGAAAAGAACCAGAUGAUGACGACGAACGUCUGGGUCAAGCAGGAAUGGUAUGACUACAAACUCCAGUGGAACCCCUUGGAAUACGAAAAUGUGACUUCCAUCAGAAUUCCGUCUGAGCUCAUCUGGAGGCCUGACAUUGUCCUCUACAACAAUGCAGAUGGCGACUUUGCCGUGACACACCUGACGAAAGCUCACCUCUUCUAUGAUGGACGCAUCAAAUGGACGCCGCCGGCCAUCUACAAGAGCUCUUGUAGCAUCGACGUCACCUUUUUCCCAUUUGAUCAGCAAAACUGCACCAUGAAAUUUGGCUCCUGGACAUAUGACAAGGCGAAAAUCGAUCUGGUCAGCAUGGCCAACCACGUGGACCAGAUGGACUACUGGGAAAGUGGCGAAUGGGUGAUCAUCAACGCAGUGGGCAGAUACAACAUCAAAAAGUACGAGUGCUGCACAGAAAUCUACCCGGACAUCACGUAUUACUUCAUCAUCCGACGCCUGCCACUCUUCUACACCAUUAAUCUGAUCAUCCCGUGUCUUUUAAUCUCCUGCUUGACCGUGUUGGUGUUCUACCUGCCUUCGGAGUGCGGCGAGAAGAUCACGUUGUGUAUUUCCGUUCUGCUCUCCCUCACUGUGUUUCUUUUGCUCAUCACUGAAAUCAUCCCAUCCACCUCCCUGGUUAUUCCACUGAUCGGGGAGUAUCUGCUGUUCACCAUGAUUUUUGUCACCCUCUCAAUUAUUAUCACAGUUUUCGUUCUCAAUGUUCAUCACCGUUCUCCUCGUACUCACACCAUGCCAGCUUGGGUAAGGAAGGUUUUUCUGGAUGUUGUGCCCCGCUUCUUGUUCAUGAAAAGGCCACCGACGGUCAAGGAGAACUGUAAGAGACUUAUCGCAUCCCUGCACAAAAAGGCGACUUCGCCGGCAUUUUGGUCAGAAAUCGAAGUGGAGCGCCCCGUGCCCACCACACCUCCAGGAAGCCAAGGAAGCAAUAAAGUCUGCCCGUCUUCACCUUCAGAUCAUGUGCUAGAGGAAUUGCCCACCACACCUCAAAUUCUUUGCAAGUCCCCCUCAAGUCAAUACUCGAUUCUGCUGGAAGAGCCGGGACAGGUAGAAAAGCCAGCCUCCCCUUCAUCUCCGCAGCACCUCGAGGAACCCCAGUCUGUCCCAAAGGCCAGGUCCCUAAGUUUCCAGUACAGUCUUCAGGACAACGACACCCCUCCCACCGUCCCCCGCUGCCGAUCCCGAAGCAUCCAAUACUAUUACCUGAACGAGGAGACGGUGCCAAGCAGCAGCAGCAGCAGGUCAGCCACAUUCCAGCAGCAGAUCUUGAAGGAAGAAACGGCCAUCGCGAGUGACGGCAAAUGUCAGUGCAAAAAGCUUCCUGAAAGUCGACCGGCAAAAAUCAGCAACGUGAAACAUCACCACCAGCAUCACCAGCGGCAGCGACUGAGGGUGCUGUCGCCCUCCAUGAAACUGGCCAUUGAAGGGGUGCAGUACAUCGCAGACCACCUCAAGGCUGAGGACGCCAACUUUUCGGUGAAGGAGGACUGGAAGUACGUGGCCAUGGUGAUCGACAGGAUCUUUCUGUGGAUGUUUGUCUUGGUUUGUAUUCUGGGGACAGUGGGACUCUUCCUCCCCCCUUGGCUGGCAGGGAUGAUCUAAUAGUUUUCCUCUGCUAGUG